AUGCCACAACAAAUACCGGAUCACAAAGCCUUAGGCAAGCCAAAAGGGUCUAUCAAUGCUCCUAUUGCAGCUUUUACGAUGGCCAUCAUCCUUUGUUCGUACUGCUUUAGCUCUAUCCGCACUGCGCGGCGAGACGCCAAGACCCAAGCUCCAAGUCUGGGACCUGGUACUCAUCAGCGAGCUAAUCCAUCAGAGAGAAAAGACGAGUCGUGGGUUCAACAGGCACUUGAUGAGAGUCGAGCGCAGAAUGAUGGGAAGGGGCGAGCUUAA